AUGGCCGACUCCAAGUCAACUCCCGAGGAUCCUCCCCCCGCUCCCCACCGCUACACCACGACGCACGAUGCCGUCUCGGGCAAGUCCAUCUUCUCGCCAUCACUCCCAGAGACAGUGGGAGGAUACGGGUCGAUCGGCAUGCAGGUGUUCGACAGCUACAAGACCUUCUCAUCGCCGCUCGACAUGUCAGACGACGCCGACAUCGCAGCCCUGAAAUCUGACGUCGCGCGGGCGUCAGACGUCGCGCCGAGCUCCGUGUGGUUCCCCGCGCCCGGUGAGUCGCUGCUGCGGUACUGCGACUGGGCCCCUGGCGCCACCCUCGACCUGCACCGCACCGAGACGAUCGACUUCGGCGUCGUCCUGCAGGGCGCCAUGGAGCUGACGCUCGACUCGGGCGAGGUCCGUGUCCUCCGCGUCGGCGACACCAUCGUCCAGCGUGGCACCCUGCAUUCCUGGCGCAAUCCGAGCGACACCGUUUGGGCCCGUGUCAUCUUCUUUCUGCUGGGGACUCCGCCGGUGAGGGUAGAUGGCGAGGAGAAGACUGAACAUCUUCCUUGGAAGAAUUGA